CACAAGACAUGAGUCAUCAGCAGCUAUGUCAGUCGUGGAAAUUUGUGGUUAAAUUAGAUCGACCAUGUUCCAGGAUGUCGAGGUUCCAUACAUCAGGGAUAUUCUGUGGUCGACCUGUGUGUUAUAAGCAUUAAAAUAGUAUUAAAAAGAUGUUCCACGAGGAACCCUUUUUGGAAUAAAUGCUUUGCUUUGUAAUCGUCAUUUCCUUGGAAAAUUCGGGACAUGAAAACACUUUUUUCUACGGAAUCAUAGGAUAAAUAAAGAUGGCGAAGGCUUCACAGUCGGUGGAAAAGAGAACUCUGAGAAAAGGUCCAUGGAGUCCCGACGAAGACCGCAAAUUGAUAGCUUAUAUUAAUAGACAUGGUAUCUGGAAUUGGACAGAGAUGGCCAAACCAGCAGGAUUGCAAAGGUCUGGGAAGAGUUGCAGACUUCGUUGGGUGAAUUACCUAAGGCCGGGAAUUAAGCGUGGAAAUUUCACUAGGGAAGAAGAUGAAACCAUAAUUGAGUUGCAUGAAAGGCUUGGAAAUCGAUGGUCAGUGAUUGCAUCAAGGUUGCCUGGAAGAACUGAUAAUGAGAUUAAAAAUCAUUGGCAUACUCACUUGAGAAAACGUUUGAAGUACAAUUCAGUGUCGACGAGUGAACUUUUCCAAAUAUCCAACGUUGAAACCGUAAAGAAGAGCUCACCCGAAGUUGAUCUCCCACCAGCCAUUGCUCCAGCAAAUUCAGAAAGCUCAAGUGCAAUCCAGCUCUCCCAACAAUUUUCGACUGACAGUUUACCUUCAUCAGGCUCCGACCCUGCAGCCGAAAUCGACAAGAACCAAACAACUGAAGACACCCUUGUUUCAUCCGAAACAUUUGGAGAACUCCAAAGCAUAUUGGAGCAGCAAUUCACUUCAGAAGGAUCAUCCACAGCAGAAAAUUAUGGGGCCAUUUAUGCAGAGCCAGGAAUUUCUGCAACCAGCUCUCAGCUGUUGUGGUUCCAAGAGAGCAUGUAUCAGGGUAAUUCCUGCAAUGAUCUUUGGCUUAAUUUUUUGGUGAAAGAAAACAUGUAUGCAGGUUAACAAUCUCCAUGCCACUCUUUAAUUUUAGUAAGCGUUCAUAAAUAAUGGUGCAUGGUUCUGCAAGUGUAGACUAGUGGCAUUGGGCUAGUGGCUAGCUCCUUUUCAUGUACUUAUUAACUCCAACAAAGAUUGCAGCUUAAAAUAUAUGAAGAGAGGGCAAUAGGAUUAAAGGGAAUUUUUACCAGUCA